UUGAGUUGGUACUCCUGUCGGAUGCUGCGAGAAAUCAAUAAAAUCAUCUCAACCCUCGCCAUGUAACACCCUGUCGAAAAAUUCAGCGUAUUUUCAGUUUUUCAUCGGUUUUUUUCACGCAAUGGGAUUGUUUCACGGUUGGUUGUAUUGUUUUUUAUGGUAUUCGAGUAUUAUGGCCGGCUAUGCGAUGUUUUGUCCCCUUUUACCGGUUUUAUUUAUUUCGAACAAGUUUUACCGGACGUGUACGGACGCUUUAUUUAGUUUUUGGCAGUUAUAUCCGACGGUGCUUCUCGAGUUGGUGUGUGGGUGUGAUAUACAAGUGUCUGGGGAUGCGAUUAAGACAGACGAAACGUCGUUGAUUGUUAUGAAUCAUCGGACACGGACGGAUUGGAAUUUUUUGUGGCCCACGAUGUAUCAUUGUGUUUCAGGACGCGGGAAAUUUAAAUUUCCGACGAAAUAUGUCUUGAAGGAUGUUAUCAGACAUAUUCCAGGGCCGGGCUGGGUUAUGCAAUUGGCCUGUUUUGUGUUUAUUAAAAGGUGCUGGGUUUUGGAUAAACUGACACUUGGGAAAGCUAUAGACUAUUUUUCGAAUCUCAAAUACAAAUAUAGUUUGUUGAUUUUUCCCGAAGGUACCGAUUUUACCACUAGUACCAAAGCCAAAAGUGAUGAUUAUGCAAAAAAGAACGACUUUGAAUGUUAUGAUUAUGUUUUGCAUCCAAGAACCACCGGGUUUGUUUUUUUAGCGAAAGAAAUGUUGGAAAAGAAGGCCUUGGAUGCGGUUUAUGACGUCACUUUGGUGUACCCUGAUUUGGUACCACAGAAUGAAGCCAUCUUGCUUAAGGGGAAUUUCCCGAAACAGGUCAAAGUGCAUCUCGCAAGGUACCCCAGUACCAUCCUGCCCAAAACCGGAUCCGGCCUCGGCGAAUUCCUCAAAAAACGCUGGCUGGACAAAGACCGUACCCUCCGCGAGUACCACUCAACCGGUCAAUUCCUCCACGGCCAAAUCCUCAAAACUCAAAAUCGUUUUGAGCUCAUUUUCGCCCUAUUUUUUUGGACUCUGUUACCAUUUUUCGUGAUUUAUUUACUCUAUUUGUCUUUAUGGUACCGCCUUGUGAUUGUCCUUCAUACAAUAUUUUUAAUUUUUGUAAAUGUAGCAAUGGACGGGUUCCAAAAUUUCGAAAUCGGGUGGUACCGUUUCAAAAAAUUCUUAUUUAGGUUUAAGUAAAAUAAAUGUCAAUCAAUCAUUUUCGUCUAGUUAAAAAUGUGAAUUCAAAUGUGCCAAAAUAUGUAUUUAUUAAUAAAGUCGGUGUUU